AUGAGUUCAAAUUCUAAUAAACAACCGGAAAUCAUGGAGAUAGGUGAUACUGUGAAAUCUUCAUUGCAAAAUGAACAACUUCCAAAUUUGCCAACACCGAUUACAUCAAAAUUACAUGUACCAUCACCACGAACAUCAACACCAUUGAAACCAAAGCCGAACCAAACAUCAAGAAAACGAUUGGUUCGAUUUAAUCUUCCCGAAGCAAACAUAUCGGCUUCACCGCCGACUAUUUCAUCAUUAUCAAAAAGCAUCAUGAAAAUGACAAUUGUCAAGGAAACAGACGAAUAG